GCAGCAGUAUGAUUAACUCCACACAGGUUAUAUAUUUCACUCUGAGCGCUUAUUUGGACAUUGGACAGUCGAAAUACUUGUACUUUAUGCUCAUUAUGUGUCUGUAUGUUCUGAUUGUUGGUUCUAAUGUCCUGCUGAUCGUGGUGAUCUGUGUGAACAGGAGCUUACAUGAGCCCAUGUACAUAUUUCUCUGCAGCCUGUUUGUUAACCAACUGUACGGAAGCUCAGGCUUGUUUCCCUUCCUGCUGGUUCAGAUCCUCUCUGAUGUUCACACCGUUUCUGCUCCGCUCUGCUUCCUGCAGAUCUUUUGUGUUUACACGUAUGCAUCAGUUGAAAUUUUAAGUCUAGCCAUCAUGUCUUAUGAUAGGUAUGUUGCCAUUUGUUUUCCUCUGCAGUAUAACACCAUAAUGACGGGCAGAAAGGUUUUUUUGCUUAUUGCCCUUACCUGGGUUUUCCCCUUUCUGUCCACUGUGGUUCUGGUCUCACUUAGUGCACCGCUGCAGCUCUGUGGGAAUAUCAUUGAUAAGGUUUACUGUGGAAACUACUCUAUCGUUAAACUAAGCUGCUCCAACACCAGCAUCAAUAACAUUUAUGGACUCAUUUUAACUGUCUUGUCCAUCAUGGCUCCUCUUAUUUUAAUCCUUUAUACCUACACAAAGAUUCUGGAAGUUUGUUUUUCAGCAACAAAACAGACCCGACAGAAAGCCAUCAGCACCUGCACGCCUCACCUGGCUUCCAUCUUGAACUUUUGUUUCAGCUGCUGUUUUCAGAUAUUGCAGAGCAGAUUUAAAUUAAGCAGUGUUCCUCCUUUGUUGGACAUCAUCUUAUCGCUGUACUUCCUGACAUGCCAGCCGCUCCUCAACCCUGUGCUGUAUGGGCUGAAAAUCUCCACCAUAAGAGAUGCAGGUAAACGUCUGCUAUGUGGAGAUAGUGCAGGCCCUUCAGGAGAGCUGAUCAGCUCAGCUUUCCAUGCCUGA